CCAUUUUAGGAAAUGUUGUUAUCUUUUGCCCCCACCCACAGCAAGUAUGUUUCCUUAUUACGGCUUUUGCCCUCGUCUAUAAUUCCAUUCCACUCAUUCUCUGUCUCUCCCUCUUCUCAUUUCACUCUCUCUCGCGCGCUUCAAGAUCGAAUCUUGAAUCGAACUUCGGUGCUUAAAUACAGAAAGAAAAUUAAGUGAGUUUUUUUUUUAAACAAAAUCAAGAAAUGGGUCAGAUCCAGUACUCUGAGAAAUAUUUCGAUGAUACUUACGAGUACAGGCAUGUUGUUCUUCCUCCUGAAGUGGCCAAACUUCUCCCCAAGAAUCGCCUCCUCUCUGAAAAUGAGUGGCGUGCAAUUGGAGUACAACAGAGUCGCGGUUGGGUCCAUUAUGCCAUUCAUCGCCCUGAACCACACAUCAUGCUCUUCAGGAGGCCUCUCAACUAUCAGCAGCAACAGGAGAAUCAGGCCCAGCAAGCCAUGCUUGCUAAGUAAUUAAUAUUAGUGUUCAUUAAUCAGUAUCCAGAAAAUGGAUGAAAAAGAAAAAAAAAAACUUAUUCGUGUUUAUGCAUGGCAUAAACAGUUUGGGUGUUUUGGAAUUCUGGGUUUGUAGUCUAAUUCUCUACUGUGGGAGAAUUCCAUGUUAGGCUUGUUUCUUGCUUUCGCUACUGUGGUGUGGAUGACAUAAUGUCAUUGCUACUGCAUCUUAGAUAUAAAAAAGCUUUAGAUUUGGUGUACUGCUUAGAUGGUUUUCAUUAAAAUUCUUCUUGAAUGGUCACAUGGAUUUCACUUUUAUA